AUGUAUCAACCCACAACCAAAAGGGUAGCUUUUUGUAGUCGUUGUGAUCAGUGCCGUAUACUCAGAAUCUCCAGAGGUGCCGUGAGAAGUCAGUUAUCGCGGUCGCAAAGUCAGGGGCCUCAUCGAUCGUCGACGCGUCGAGGCGCGCGAGUUCGCGAAUCGACCUUGGCCUCCUUCCACAUUCUCGCCCCCGGCCCCGACACCGAAGUCACCACCGACUUUCGACAAUGGAACAUUGUUUCAAGAAGGGGGAAAAUCUCUACGAAAAGAAAGAGCUCACAGAUGCAGGCUAUCGAUAUGCGCUUGAUAACCAGAACCAGCUCGACGUUCGUAAGUCUGACACGCGUCGUCGGCACGUCGUGUGCAAGAUAUGAGGUCACGGAUGAUAAAGACGAUAGUGACUCGACUGGCGAAGAAGAGGGUGCCAUUAUCAUUCCGCCACAUUUCCCCAGACGUACAGGACGUCCAACCAAGCGCAGGGUCCGGGGUGCGGACGCGAGGGCCAAGCGCGACACGAUCUGUGGCCUCUGCAAAAGGCCCGGACACAACCGAGUUACAUGCGAUAG